CCACUAUUGAACUGACCGAAAAGUGAAAAAUGCAAAAGUGAAGUUUUUCAAAAUUGAAGCGAUAAUUUUUUUCAAGUAGAAAAAAUUAGACCGCGAUAGUAAAUAUAGUAGGUAGUAUAAUAAUAUGACCUAGGAGCAGACGACUGCCUUGCCGAAUCCAUUAUUAUUGUCAAGGAACUGGCUUCACACAAAAUAUUCCAGAGUAUUAUAAUAAUUAGAAUCCCAGAAGCCCUCUGCAUUCCUGCAACCAUGGUCAACAAAACCAGUUUUUCGAAAUAUUUGUAUAAGUACCUAUGAAUCAAGCUAUAAAUAUACCAGAACCCCAAAGAUAUUGAUGUCAAAAGUAAUAGUUGUCCUUGUCCGAACUUUUCAUUUUCAUCAACCUUAUAAUAUGCCCAAGAAACCAAAGGCCCGAUUGCCCCAAAACUCCCAUCUAGAGAUACAAUCUUCGAAGCCUAAAGGGAUAAUAUCAAAAAAUAACCUAGGAGAAAUAUCGAUACAGUUAUACGCAAAACCUGGUGCUAAGCAAAAUGCAAUUACAGGAAAACUCGAAUUAAACGCUACAGAUAUAGAAAAUAUCAUUGGAAUACAUCAGACAAAAAAUGCUAAUCCCGUCAAUAUCAACACUGAUAAAUUAGACAAUGGGAGAAAUGUAAAGAAACAAAACACCGAUCCAAUUGAUGAAACAAUUUUAAAUUUUAAUACACCAUACACCGAAAUUUUCACUCCCAAAAAAUUCAUAAAAAGAACACCCCCUAAGGAUUUGAAACAUGAUGGCGAUAAUUCAACUUCCCCAAAAAGAACAAGAUCUGGAUCAAGCUCUUCAUCUUUCUCAGAUAGACCAAAAAUACCCAGACAUUCAGAUAAACCCACAGAAGAAACUGAAACUGAAAUUGAAAAUCAAACUGAAAUCACACAAGCAAAGGUAAUUAACUUUGAAGAUACAAAUAACAUGAAAGAAUCUAUACUGAAUGCUUUAAGUUCUUUAAAUAAUCUUACCGAGAAGGAGGAUUUUACUCAGAAAGAUAAAUCAGAGCUGAGGAAAGCUGGUUUUAAGCUGCAUGAAAUAGUGACAAAAUUGGCAUACAAAGUGGGAAAACGAGAAAAUGAAAAUUCUGCACUAAACAAAAAAAUGCAAAAAAAAAACCAUAAUGCACCUGCCUUAAGUCGCAUAGGGAGACAUCCUAUUGUCAAAGAAAAUCAAGGACAAGGUGUAGAAAAAAGUAAACGAUGAGGGAAUAAACAUCCAGAUAAAUGCACCUCCUGUUGAAGGGUCAGCUAACACAGAAUUGGUUAAAUACAUGGCUGCACUCCUAGGAAUAAAGUCCAGUUCCAUUACUCUUGAGAGGGGUCACAAAUCUCGCCAUAAAGUUCUAAAGAUUACUGGAAGCAUUACAGAAAUAGAGGUUAUUAAGAAAAUUAAUGAAGAGCUACCACGUGGCGUGAAGUUACUAGACGUAGAAUAGAUCCUAAAACCGCAACACACUUAUCUAUCUACUCGGCUUUUUGGUUUUCUAGUUCAUUUUUUAAAUGUACUGACAAUUUUAUGUGUUGAACUGACAACAGAUGAGUGAGUUCAUAUUGAAUGACUAGAGUCUAGCCGUCACAGCCGGAGCAAACCCGAUAAUAGCCGAACAGCGAACUCUGGUGCAUAGAGAAUUGAGAACAGAAUUUAAUUGUUAUUUCUAUCGUGUCUUUAACCAUUCUUAUUUUUAUCAUUUUUUUUUUUCCAAGAAAUGAUUAUUUGUAAAAAUAUAACAUUUUUGUAGUUCGGACUUAGAAUAGUAAUAUAGAAAAAAACGAACAAAACGAAAGUCCUUUUUUUUAUCUUAUUUUUGUCCUAUAUUUUAAUAUUUCUAGUUAAGAGGUAUCAGCCGGCGUAUUAUCGCUUUCAAAUAUUUCGGAUGAUCCAGAAAAAGAAAUUCGAUUUAAUCUUAAUGAACGUUAAUAAUGUGAACAGUUAUUGGGCGCUAGGGCGGUAGAAUAGACUGCCUAUAUGAACCCAUGUAUUGAGCACUUUAAAAUGAAAACAAAAUGAACUACUCCUCUUAAUUACAAAUGAGCGAAAAAAGGUACCAAUUACUCCACAGAGAAAAUUAAUAUUGAUUUUAGGUUUAUUUUUGUUGUUGGUUUCCUCUUGAUUUCCAAUUUAAGGAGUUCCUGAUAAAUAUCAACAUAUUUUUUUUUUUUUUUAGCAGUGUAUUACAUUGCUCCAGUCACCAACCUUUUGCUGCAACCGAAUAUACACCUUCCUUCGAAUUCAAUGCGUUCUGUUCGGCUUUCGGCUAAAAUCGUAGUUGCUCCACAUGUGAUGGCUAGACUCUAGUUAUUGAAUGAAGCAAGAAUAAGAAGGACCUAUUGUCUCACAAUAGGCCUCCUGCACAUAUUAUUAUUUUCACCUGAAAAUUUCUAAUUUUCAAGUCUAAUUGGUCAUUUUAAUCCAUUUAAAAUAAUAAAAAAUCUGUAAUGAGCCUUUCUUUAUUAUUAAAAACUAAUAGCUAUAACUGUAACAAUGGAAACAAUGUGAAAUUUAUUAUUUGAAUAUAGAAGGUGCACAAUAAA